AGCAGCAGUAGCAGUAGCAGUAGUAGCAGCAGUAGCAGUAGUAGCAGCAGUAGCAGCAGUAGCAGUAGUAGCAGCAGUAGCAGCUGCAGCAGCAGAAGCAGCAACAGUAGUAGCAACAGCAGAAGUAGCACGAGCAGUAGCACGAGCAGUAAUAGCAGUAGUAGCAGCAGUAGCAGUAGUAGUAGCAGCAGCAGCAGUAGUUGUAGCAGUAGUUGUAGUAGUAGCAAUAGACAUAGUAGUAGCAACAGUAGUAGUAGCAGUAGUAGUAGUAGCAGUAGCAGUAGCAACAGCAGCAGCAGUAGUAGUAGCAUUAGUAGUAGCAGUAGCAGUAGACACAGUAGUUGUAGCAGUCGCAGUCGUAGUAGCAGCAGCAGUAGUAGACACUGUAGUAGUAGUAGCAGCAGCAGUAGCAGUAGUAGUAGUAGUAGUAGUAGCAGCAGCAGCAGUAGCAGUAGUAGUAGUAGCAGCAGCAGCAUCAGUAGCAGUAGUAACAGUAGUAAUAGCAGCAGUAGCAUGAGUAGUAGCAAUAGCAGUAGCAGCAGUAGUAGCAGUAGUAGUAGCAGUAGCAGGAGCAGUAGAAGUAGCAGCAGCAGUAGCAGCAGCAGCAGCAGCAGCAGCAGCAGCAACAGCAGUAGUAGUAGUAGUAGCAGUAGACACAGUAGCAGCAGCAGCAGCAGUAGUAGCAAUAGCAGUAGACACAGUAGUAGCAGCAGUAGUAGCAGUAGUAGCAGCAGGAGUAGGAGCGGCGGCAGCAGCGGCAACAGCGGCAGCGACGGCAACAGCAGCGACAGUAGUAGCAGCAACGGCAGUAGUAGUAGUAGUAGCAGCAGCAGUAGUAGUAGUAGUAGCAGCAGCAGUAGCUGUAGUAGCAGUAGUAGUAGCAGUAGCAGCAGCAGUAGCUGUAGUAGCAGUAGUAGUAGCAGUAGCAGCAGCAGUAGCAGUAGCAUCAGUAGUAGCAAUAGCAGUAGUAGCAGUCGCAGUAGUAGUAGUAGCAGCAGUAGCAGGAGUAGCGGUAGACACAGUAGUAGCAGAAACGAUAGUAGUAGCAGUAGCAGCAGCAGCAGCAAUAGUUGUAGUAGCAGC